UCUCUGCACGCCGUCGCUGCGUUAGUGGGAGUACCCCCUGCGUGGGUCCCUUCGCAGUGCAGCUCCAGCAGUAGUUGGACUUGUGCAGCCAGCAGGCGAGGAGUGCAGCAGCGGAGCGGGAAACAUUCUCUCAUGACUCCAUUAAACAUCGAACCUGGCACUUUUUGAAGCCUUUUAAAGGCGACCGGAAGAGGAGCGCGGAGGGCAACGGCGACAUUAACCCGCUCCAGGUGUCCUCGAACCGCCUGCGGAAAACUCCCAAACGUGGUCAUCUCAAGCGGGCAUGAGCUAACCCGCCGGUCCGAUAUGGAGACCAAACCAUUCUUGUCAUUGGGGUUCCUGAAGCCCCAGUGCUCGUUGGCUCCGCCGAUGCAGCGAGGACGCUCGGGCGAGGCUUGUUCCUGCUUCAGCGGCAUGUGUCACCUGCACCAGCGUCGUCUGUCCUCAGACUCUUCAGGCCACCUGAGCUCUUCACCCCUGGGCUCUCCUACCUCCCACCGAGGAAUGCACCCAUCUUUGCUCAGUCCGACGAGCAUGGGGCCCUCGGGGUCUCUCCACUCUCCCAUCAGCACCCUGAGCUCGCCCAUGAACGGCCUGACCUCGCCCUUCUCUGUCAUCAGCUCGCCCAUGGGGCCCCACUCCAUGACCUCGCCCGGCAUGGGCUACGGCCCCAGCGUCAGCCCCCAGCUGAACUCCCCCAUGAACUCGGUCAGCAGCACAGAGGACAUCAAACCCCCGCUGGGCCUCAACGGCGUGAUGAAGGUGCCCGCCCAGCCCUCUGGCACUGCCCUGUCACUCACCAAACACAUCUGUGCCAUCUGCGGCGACCGCUCCUCAGGCAAACACUACGGCGUGUACAGCUGCGAGGGCUGCAAAGGAUUCUUCAAAAGGACGGUGCGCAAAGACCUCACCUACACCUGCCGCGACAAUAAGGACUGCGUCAUCGACAAGCGCCAAAGGAACCGCUGCCAGUACUGCCGCUACCAAAAGUGUUUAGCCAUGGGCAUGAAGAGAGAAGUGUUGUUACAUGCAGCCGUUCAGGAGGAGCGCCAGCGAGCCAAGGAGAAGAACGAGAGCGAGGCGGAGUCCACCGGCUGCGCCAACGAGGACAUGCCCGUGGAGAAGAUUCUGGAAGCCGAGCACGCGGUGGAACCCAAGACGGAGACCUACAUCGAGACCAACCUUGGGGUUCCGUCCAACUCGCCCAAUGACCCAGUGACGAAUAUCUGUCAGGCUGCGGACAAACAACUCUUUACAUUGGUGGAGUGGGCCAAGAGGGUCCCCCACUUCUCUGAGCUGCCACUGGACGACCAGGUCAUUCUACUACGAGCAGGUUGGAAUGAGCUCCUCAUUGCGUCAUUCUCGCACCGCUCCAUCGCCGUGAAAGACGGCAUUCUGUUGGCCACCGGGCUGCACGUCCACCGCAACAGCGCUCAUAGUGCCGGAGUGGGAGCCAUCUUUGACAGAGUGCUCACGGAACUGGUGUCUAAGAUGCGGGAUAUGCAGAUGGAUAAGACAGAACUGGGGUGCCUUCGAGCCAUCGUCCUAUUCAACCCAGACUCCAAGGGUCUGUCAAACCCAGGCGAGGUGGAAGCUCUGAGAGAGAAAGUCUACGCGUCUUUAGAAGCGUACUGCAAACAGAAGUACCCUGAGCAGCCCGGCAGAUUCGCCAAGCUGCUGCUGAGGCUGCCGGCGCUGCGCUCCAUCGGCCUGAAGUGUCUGGAGCACUUGUUCUUCUUCAAGCUCAUCGGCGACACGCCCAUCGACACUUUCCUCAUGGAGAUGCUGGAAGCGCCUCACCAAAUGACAUAACGAGCGCGGGCGGGACUCCUCUUAUCCGGUCCGAAGCAGCAGGGUCCUUUUUGGUUUUGACGCAUCCAGACUUUUACCCUGGCUUCACCCCUAAAACAUCAAGACCACGGGUGUGUUUUUAUACCUUGUACAGUUCUAUAAAUAAGAAAUAUAUAUAUAUAUAUAUAUAUAUAUAUAUAUAUGAGAUGUGGUCGCCGGAAGACAAACGCAAUGUACUGAGCCAGCAUCUCCAGCGGACCAUUCCCAAGUCUGGGUGUGUGUGCAAACUCAGCGGCAGCGGGGGGGGGGCUUCUUGCACUAAAAUUCCGGAAGCGACUCGACAGACUGCAAGUGACGAGAACCUCAGGUGGUCCGAAGCAAUCCAACCAGGUCUUACUGUAUCAACACUGUGCAACAAUGGCAGCGAGGGUGAGUCCAUAACUGCGCUCAAUCAGGAAAAAAAAAUGUGGAGAAGGGGUCUUAGGUCUUAUUACGUAAGUACAAUCUGCACACAGUUUGUGCACACAGGAGGAAGCCAGGCUGGUGUCAGUCCACCGACAACCCGCAUUACAACAUUCUGCCUUUUUAUUUUGCUUUUCAACCAACCUCUCCGCGCGUCUUUACGACCAUCCGCAGUAUUUCGUCCGUUUCAGAGCACCGUUACCUCAACACCGUGACCAGUAUUCGUUGCUUACUUUGCACUUAACCUCGUGACGGAGCGCAAUCAACCUCCCCGGCUGGGAAUCUGACCCGAUCAUUUUUAUUUUCCUCCCAGCCGGACAAACAAUCACUCUCUAAAGAUAAUAUAACAAACAGUCGCUAUCAAAAGUAAAGAACAUAAUAGAUAGUACUUUAUUAUAAUAAUAUAAUGUCAUGGCUGGCUUGAGUUUCCAAUAAUUUCUACAUUUCUUAAGUUUUUUUGUGAUAAAGUGAUCGGAGUUCAUACUUGUCGGUCACAAAAAACAUUCAUAAAAUUUGCUGAGUCUUCUAAAAAUGUGAGCAAAUCGGCUGGAUCUUGAAAAAAAAAAAUGGUGCAGUUCUAGCUCGGUUGGUAGAGCGGCCGUACCAGCAACUUGAGGGUUGCAGGUUCGAUUCCCGCUUCCGCCAUCCUAGUCACUGCCGCUGUGUCCUUGGGCAAGACACUUUACUCACCUGCUCCCAGUGCCACCCACGCUGGUUUAAAUGUAACUUAGAUAUUGGGUUUCUCUAUGUAAAAGCGCUUUGAGUCACUAGAGAAAAGCGCUAGAUAAAUAUAAUUCACAAAAUAUAAUUCACAGUUCAGCUAAAUGUGUUGGUUUUCUGACAUGGACUUGUUUCUUCAGCAUUGUCCACACCAAGGGGAGGGAACCUACGGCUCUUUUAAAGAGACAUUGCUUAACACGAUAAGUGAUGAAUAAUUCCGCUGGUAAUCACGGUGUUAAAAAUAACGUUGAAAAUAUAAAACAUUCUCAUGCAUUUGAAUCCAUCCAUCCGUUUUUCUACCGCACCUGUUCAAGAAGUCGCAUUAAAUUCCUACUGAAAGCCACUACUAGCGACCACGCAGUCUGAUAGUUUAUAUAUCAAUGAUGAAAUAUUAACAUUGCAACACAUGCCAAUACGGUUAGUUUACUAAAUUGCAAUUUUAAAUUUCGCACAGAAGUAUCAUUCUGAAACGUCAUCUCUUUUCAUCGCAUAAUUCCACAGUAUUCUGGACAUCUGUGUUGCUGGAUCUUUUGCAAUUUGUUCAAUGAAUAAUGGAGACGUCAAAGAAGAAAGCUGUAAGUGGGAAGCGGUGUAUUGCGGCCGUCUUUAGCGACACAAACACAGCCGGUGUUUCAUUGUUUACAUUCCCGAAAGACGACGGUGAAGCUUUACUAUGGACUGGACUCUCGCGACUGUGUUGGAUCCAUUAUGGAUUGAACUCUAACAGUAUCAUGUUAGACCUGCUCGACAUCCAUUGCUUUCCUCCUCUCCAAGGUUCUCAUAGUCAUCAUUGUCACCGACGUCCCACUGGGUGUGAGUUUUCCUUGCCCUUAUGUGGGCCUACCGAGGAUGUGGUAGUGGUUUGUGCAGCCCUUUGAGACACUAGUGAUUUAGGGCUAUAUAAGUAAACAUUGAUUGAUUGAUUGAACAGAGCGGUCAAGCGAACAUGGUUCCCUACCACAUCUCAACCGGCAGGUUUCGGUGAGAAAAUGGUGGUAAUAAGUCGGCUCUUACCGUAGACAUGAGCGGAGAGCUUGCGUCGUUCUUCCUGCACCUGUCAAAGAAGCAGCUGCGGACUCUCUUGCCUCCUCCCACCGGCUGUCCCCGACCGUCGGAUGCUUCCAACGUGGAAGAAGCAUCGGCGGCCUUCGCCUCGUCCAGAAACGUGGCUUCCCUUGGAGACACUGGCGGUCACCACACCCCUCCGGCUUUCAGGUUGUACAGGUACAACCAUAUAAUCUCACUAAAACACUAGUAACCCAAUGGGCAGAUAAGGGAUUUUCCAGAAUUAUCCUAGUAAAUUUGUCUAAUAACAUCUGAAUCGUUCUGCCGUCUAGUUUUUUUUUUUUCUAGUCCUUCACUCUCACUUUCCUCAUCCACAAAUAUUUCAUCCUCGCUCAAAUUAAUGGGGAAAUUGUCGCUUUCUCGGUCCGAAUCGCUCUCGCUGCUGGUGGCCAUGAUUGUAAAUAAUGUUCAGAUGUGAGGAGCUCCACAACCAAUUCAAUUUACCUUUAAUAAAUAAAUCUAUGUAUAUAUAAAAAAUGGGUAUUUCUGCCGUACAUUUGUUUCCUUUUACAGAAGGUUUUUUGUAGAGAAUAAAUGAUGAAUAAAACACUUAAUUGAACGGUUUAAAAGAGGAGAAAACAGGAAAAAUUUGAAAAUUUUAUAUUUUAACAUAGUUUGUCUUCAAUUUCAACUCUUUAAAAUUCAAAAUUCAACGGAAAAAAAGAAGAGAAAAACUAGCUAUUUCGAAUCUUUUUGAACAAAUUUAAAAAAUAAUUUAUGGAACAUCAUUAGUAGUUUUUCCUGAUUAAGAUUAUUUUUAGAAUUUUGAUGACAUGUUUUAAAUAGGUUAAAAUCCAAUCUGCACUUUUAUUAGAAUAUAUAACAAAUUGGACCAAGCUAUAUUUCUAACAAAGACAAAUCAUUAUUUCUUCUAGAUCUUUCAGAACAAAAUUUUUAAAAGAAACUAAAAAGACUUUGAAAUAAGAUUUAAAUUUGAUUUUACAGAUUUUAUAGAUUUGCCAGAAUAUUUUUUUUAAAUUUUAAUCAUAAUAAGUUUGAAGAAGUAUUUCACAAAUAUUCUUCGUCAAAAAAACAGAAGCUAAAAUGAAGAAUUAAAUUAAAAUGUAUUCAUAUUCCUUACAAUAAAAAAAAAUAAAAAAAACUUAGGGGAAGGAAUUUAAAAGGUAAAAAGGUGUUUAAAAAUCCUAAAAUCAUUUUUAAAGUUGUAUUUUUUCUCUAAAAUUGUCUUUCUGAAAGUUAUAAGAAGCAAAGUUAAAAAAAUAAAUGAAUUUAUUUAAACAAGUGAAGACCAAGUCUUUAAAAUAUUUUCUUGGAUUUUCAAAUUCUAUUUGAGUUUUGUCUCUCUUAGAAUUAAAAAUGUCGAGCAAAGUGAGACCAGCUUGCUAGUAAAUAAAUACAAUUUAAAAAAUAGAGGCAGCUCACUGGUAAGUGCUGCUAUUUGAGCUAUUUUUAGAACAGGCCAGCGGGCGACUCAUCUGGUCCUUUUGGGCGACCACGUUGGUGACCCCUGACCUACAGUAUAAACACUUUGUAGGACUCAACAAAAGACAUUCAACUUAAAGACAACAUAUUCUACACACCAUGCAGCGUCCACUUUCUAGUGGAGUAUAAUACCUGCAAAUGAGACACAGAAGUGUAAGAAAACCAACAAAAAUGUGCUAAGACAUUUGAACACACACAAAGGAACCGACGGUUGGUGUUUGGGAUCGAUUCCCAAGUACCGGCAUUUGGUGUUGCAUGGAUUCCAAUGUGAAAGGUACCCAUCCUUGGUGAGAACCACCGGGCGUGGAAGCAUGCAGGGCACCUCCACAAGCGUGCAGGGCACCUCCACAAGCAUGCAGGGCACCUCCACAAGCAUGCAGGGCACCUCCA